UGUAUAGCAGUGGCGUCAUCUGCAGCUCUUGCGAUUAACCCGGAAGUGAUAAUCUCACACCAUAGUAAACACGUGUCGAAGUGAGUUGAGUCGAACUAAACUCCGCACAACUGUAAGAACCAGCUCCAGUGCCAUGGGCAAGUCCAAGCAAACGGGAAACCACAAGAGCGACAAGAAAAAGAACAUCGCCAAGACGUGGAAGACCAAGCGGCGGACCAAGGACCUGGACCAGAUCCACUGCGACAUGAAGCCCACCAAUGCCACCAAGCUGCUGAAGCAGGAGGUGGACUAUGACAUCACAGGAUCUGCCCAGCACUACUGCCUGCACUGCGCACGGUACUUUGUUGAUCUGAAGGCCAUGAAGGAGCACUUCAGGACCAAAGUCCACAAGAAAAGGCUGAAGCAGUUGAGGGAGGAACCAUACACGCAGGCAGAGGCGGACAGGGCUGCAGGGAUGGGGUCCUACAUCCCCCCAAAAACUGUAGAGGUGCAAACGCAACCCGUGGAGGAGGAAAUGGACUGAACACGGACACCCCUGUCACCCUAUGCAGAAACACUCUAACCCCCCCCAAUUCACAAGCCUACCGCCCCUUCACCCGAGACCCUGGGGUAUCAAACCAGUGACUGUGGGUUUUCAUGGUUUCCUUUCAAGCAGCUGCCAAAUUAGACACCAAAAACCUGCAGACACUGCAGCCCUCCAGGACUGGAGCUAAACCCGCAGACACUGCGGCCCUCCAGGACUGGAGUUAAACCCACAGACACUGCAGCCCUCCAGGACUGGAGUUAAACCUGCACACACUGAGGCCCUCCAGGACUGGAGUUAAACCAGCACACACUGAGGCCCUCCAGGAGUGGCUGAGUGCCCCAGACAGAUAUGCUGCCCCCUCCCCCCCACUCACAAUCCAACCAGCAUUGGCACCCCUUUUUUUUUUCUGAAGACACUUUUGGGACUGCAUUGCAGUUGAGUGCUGUUCAUAAUUUUGUGUGUACAUGUAAAUAUACUAUGGGAAUGUAUACAUGUAUGAAUAUGUGAAUAAAUUAUUGUGUAGAGUCAUUCACACAAAUAAAAAAUAAAAACAUGA